CACGAACGAAAGUUCGAAUCCCACACAGAAAAAAAACGUUUUCACGCACUGAGACGCCUCUCUCUCACCAUUCAUAUGAAUCCUCAAGAAGAAGAAGUAGAGCAAUGGGAAGCUCUUGACCUUGGCGACUCUGAGCUCCCUUCUUUCCUCCGCCCUUGCAAACGCAAAUCUCCAUCAAGGCCUCCUCUGCAACCAACGACCCCACGGCUUAAUCCCAACCAUCAGACUCUUGGCCGCUGCUCCUCCUCGCUGAGAGAUCGUUUUCUUGAAGACAGUUAUUCUCGUUCUUUGAUUCCAGGACCUGCUGGGACUGUUCAAGUGGCAAUCCGGAGAAAGAUGAACAAGGAUCCGAGAUCGUUUGAUGAGCAGGGAGAACCGAUUCCAACUCAAGAGUUCAUUUGUAAGGCUGCCGAAGAGCCUGAUUGGGAUGACAAGGAUUUCUCUGAGGACCCUUGGGUCUCUGCUGUUGAUUACAUACGGCGUGAAGGUUUGCUGAGCAAUGGUGGGAAAGCUAUUGGGACACCGUUGAGCGAGAUUAAGAGCGUAUGUUGCAGUUGGGGUAAGGUCGACCAGGUGGUGGCAAUUGUCAAAACCUGCACUCCAAAUGGUCUAGGUGAUAUCAUGGUGACUCUUAAGGAUCCCACUGGAACAAUCGAUGCCAGCGUGCACAGGAAAGUGAUAUCUGAGAGUGAGUUUGGAAGAGAUAUACGAGUUGGUGCAGUGGUGAUACUUAACAAGGUUGCAGUCUGUGCACCUUCACGGUCCUCACGCUAUCUUAACAUAACACUGAAGAACAUCUCCAAGGUUAUCACAAAGGAUACACCUGUUUUACCUAAGGAGAGCCAUUUCGAAACAAGUGCCAAGAAUCCUGUUCCAGUGAAUGGUAGGAGAUGGAAUUUUCUUUCACAGUCUGAUAAAAACUCAAACCUUGACUUGGUCUAUUAUUAUAAUAAUCUAACAGAAAACGAGGAAGAUUUGCGAAUGCGGCCCAAAGUGUUUCCUGUGGAGCAAGGAACUACUCAAGGAAUCAUGAACAGUCUCAGAAGAAGUGUCAGAGAAAGCAGUGAAGCAACCACUGACGUAGAAAUGGAAGAAACGAAUCCAACAGAGGAAAGCAACUCCUGGCUAAAAGGGGUGGCCAAGAACCAGUUUCAAGCCAGAAUGGACCUGACCCACUUGGGAAAGCAUGAUUCAAGCAGCCAAACAGGAAUUGCAGCAAGCAGGACAACCGGGACUGAUACAGCCGAUGACAUUAGACUGGCGAAAAGGAUCAGUAGAAGUCCUGAACCUCAAAGUGGUGAGCUAGAGAGCGUAAAGGGGAACUCUGAUGAAGUUAGAUCAGGAUCUAAGGUCAACAAAUCUCAGCCCAUGGCGUCUUCCAGCUUGGUGCCACAGUGGACCGACGAGCAACUUGAAGAACUCUUCGAUUUUGACUAAAAUGGACAGAUGUGUUUUGUUUUUUUGUUGAUGCAUGAACUGUUGUUCUACGUUGCAGAUAGCAGUGAAUUUCAAGUAAAAGUUGUGCUGAAAUACUGAAACUAUUAACAGAUGUAAAUAUCAAAAAGAAAAAAGUUUCAACAAAAUUGGAUA